GAUUUUCUGGUCAUUUUGAAUUUUCUGUCGAUGGAGGUGAGGAUAAUGUCAUCUAGUAUGCGAAGGCUCGCUGAGCAGCAAGAGCGGGUUCAGAAGAUGCAGAUUUAUCCUACAUCCAAUGCAGGCAUUUCCCCAUUCUGGCGAGAGAAGUAUGAAAGGGAAGCUAAAAAGUAUUGGGAUAUAUUUUAUAAGCGGCAUGGAAAUAGAUUUUUCAAAGAUCGCCACUACUUGGACAAGGAAUGGGACAGCUAUUUCUCGGUUGGUGGAAAUAAGGUCAUGCUAGAGGUUGGCUGUGGGGCUGGAAACACCAUCUUUCCAUUGAUUUCCACAUAUCCGGAAAUUUUUGUUUAUGCAUGUGAUUUUUCCCCACGGGCUGUUGAACUUGUGAAGGCUCAUAAGGAAUUCACAGAGACCCGUGUUUGUGCAUUCAUAUGUGACUUGACUACAGAUGACCUUGACAAGCAUAUUUCUCCGUCAUCAGUUGAUAUUGUGACCAUGAUGUUUGUUUUAUCUGCAGUUAGUCCAGAGAAGAUGCCCUUAGUAUUGCAGAAUAUUCGGAAAGUGCUAAAGCCAAAUGGGUGUGUGCUCUUCCGUGACUAUGCGACUGGUGAUCUUGCUCAGGAACGAUUUACUGGGAAGGAUCAGAAGAUCAGUGAAAACUUUUAUGUCCGAGGUGAUGGCACUCGAGCGUUCUACUUUUCAAAUGAAUUCUUGACAACUUUAGUUCAAGAACAAGGGUUCGAAGUUGAGGAGCUUGGUGUCUGUUGCAAACAAGUUGAGAACCGAUCGCGGGAACUGGUUAUGAAUCGACGCUGGGUCCAAGCUGUAUUCCGCUGCUCAGAUAUAGCUGCUUCUGCCAAAUUACAACGAUCUGAAGCGAAAAUGGAGCCUGUAACCAGUGAGAAAUUGAUGGAAGAGCUUGAUAACAACGGUGACGUUGACAUAUCGGAAGGUGUAGCGAUUGAAAUGUUUGGAGUUUCACCAUCGAACCAUGAGAUGAUCGAGGUUAAGUUCAUGGAUUCUGAUUUCAAGAUUAAGCUUCUGUCAAAAGAAUAUCAACAUACUUGCAAAUCAACGGGGCUGAUGCUCUGGGAGUCUGCUCGGCUUAUGGCUUUUGUUCUUGACAGGAACCCGAGCAUUGUUUCCGCAAAACGGGUGCUGGAGCUCGGUUGUGGCUGCUCGGGAAUCUGCUCGAUGGUAGCCGCUCGAGCGGCUGAAAACAUCGCAACCAAUCUCCGGUCUCCAUUAACAGAAAAACUGAAAACAGGUGUACUAGAAUGGGGAAACGAAGAACAAAUCCAAGCCGUCCGGGGUUUUUCUGGAGAAGGGUUUGAUGUCAUCAUAGGAACAGACGUCACCUAUAUCCCUGACGCCAUUUUAAUGUUGUUUGAAACAGCAAGAAAACUGAUUUCGCAGAAAAAAUUCGGUGGAGAAGAUUCAGAAAAGCCGGCUUUGAUUCUAUGCCAUGUUUUCAGAAGGGUCGAUGAACCCUCUCUUAUAUCAGCAGCGUCUAAGUUUGGGUUUAAGCUAGUUGAUAGGUGGCAGGAAGCAUCGGAGACAUUCCUGCCUGCUCGGAACAUCAUCAGUCCUUGGUUCGCGCAUAAGGCUUCUCUCGAGGAGAUUCCGAGUUCCGCCCUUCAUAUCCUUUACUUUCAAAUGGAAUAAUCUUCCGAGAAAUGAUCAGAAAUCGCGGAUCAGGUGGCAAAUUCUUCGCAGCUCGGAUCUAGGGAUAUGCUCUUGAGAUCAAUCCAUCAAAAGGGUAAGUUUUGAGGAUGUAUGUUGGGUUACCAUACACAUGUUUAUGAUAAGAGUUGUUUGAGAGAUACACUUCAGUUAAGCAAAUUCUUUGGGCUUUGUACGUGUAUCACAAUUUAAAACUCGUAUUUGCAAUUUUCAUACUUUCCUCUC